CCUUUCCCUGCUGUCAAGGAGCGGCGGAACGGGUUGGGCCGGAGCGAGCGGGAGGGCGGGGGCAGCCCGUGAUUUGGAGAUGGCUGUGGGGAGCCUGCGAUGAUCCUGGAGUCGUUGCUCCCUGGAGGGACGUGACCUCUGCCGCGAUGCUGAGGAGGAUUUUACAGAGGACUCCAGGCAGAGUUGGAUCUCAGAGCUCUGACUCUGAUUCUUCUGCAGUCCCUGGAAAUUCAGUGGAUAUCAACAAUGAGAGUACUUCAGAGGGAUUUAUUUGUCCUCUUUGCAUGAAAUCUCAUGGAUCAGCUGAAGAACUUUUUAAACACUAUGAAGCAGUUCAUGAUUCCGGUAUUGAUACAAGUCAUGGAGGAGAAUCUAACAUGACCCCCAAAAGUGAUGACAUAACUUUACUGAGACAAGAAGUUCAAGACUUACAAGCUUCACUUAAGGAAGAACGAUGGUACUCUGAAGAGUUGAAGAAAGAAUUAGAAAAAGUUCAAGGGCAGAGGCAGCAAGAAUCCAAACCUGAUGGACUGGCAACUGCUGCCUCUACAGAAUUGGAAUCUUUAGAACAGCAGUUAGAAGACAGUCAAGUAGAAAAAUUUAAUAUUAAGCAAAUGAAAGACUUGUUUGAACAGAAAGCAGCACAACUGGCCACUGAGAUUGUGGAACUUAAAGCCAAAUAUGAUGAAGAAACAAGCCUUCGAGAACUUGCAGAACAGAAAGUGACUAAUUUGACACAAGAGUUACAGAAGCAAAAAGGUGUAUGUGAAGAUUUAAACACAGAGCUGCUUCAAAGACCAGGGAUAGAAGAUGUUGCAGUUCUAAAGAAGGAAUUAGUCCAAGUUCAAACUUUGAUGGAUAAGAUGACUUUGGAGUGUGAGAAAGAAUCUGAAAAAUUGAAAGAUGAGUGCAGUCAUUUGAGAGCAGAAUAUACAAAUGCAGAGGCUACCAUUAAUCAGUUAAGAGCUGAACUUGCCAAAGGACCACAAGAGGUUGCUAUAUAUGUACAAGACAUCCAAAAACUUCAAACGUCAGUUAAUGAAUUGGCACAGAAAAAUCAGAGUCUAGUGGAAAAAUUAAAAAAGAAAGAAUCAGAUUAUACUCAGUUAGAAGAAAGACAAAAUGAAGAAUUACUAGGUAAAAAGAAUCUGCAAGCAACUCUUAAUCAAAAGGACUUGGACUGUCAACAACUUCAGGCAAGACUAUCUGCAUCUGAGGACUCAUUACAGAGAUUGCAGAAAGAACUGUGUGAAAGGGGAGAAGCAAGUCAAAAACUUAAGGAAGAAUUGUCAGAAAAUGAAGCCAAAUACCAACAUCUUAAGGCAGAAUACAAGCAGCUACAACAACAAAGGGAAGAAAAAGAACAACGAAGCCUGCUGCUUCAAAAUGAGCUCAAUCAGUUGCACAAUAAACUUCUGGAAACAGAACAUCAACUUGGGGAAGCACAUGGCCGACUAAAAGAGCAGAGACAGCUAUCUAGUGAAAAGCUGAUGGACAAGGAACAGCAAGUGGCUGACAUUCAGUUAAAACUUUCACGUGCUGAAGAGCAGCUAAAGGAAAAAGCAGCAAAUACAACUGAAUUGCAACAUCAGUUAGACAAAAUGAAGCAGCAGCAUCAGGAGCAACAGAAUCUUCAGCAAAGUACUACAGCAAAACUUCGAGAAGCCCAGAACGAUUUAGAGCAAGUACUACGCCAGAUUGGGGAUAAGGAUCAAAAAAUCCAAAACCUUGAAGCCCUGCUACAAAAGAGUAAGGAGAAUAUCUCUCUGCUAGAAAAAGAAAGGGAAGAUUUGUAUGCCAAAAUUCAAGCUGGUGAAGGAGAAACGGCAGUUCUAAAUCAGUUACAGGAGAAGAAUCAUGCUUUGCAGGAACAGGUAACUCAGUUGACAGAAAAACUGAAGAAUCAGUCAGAAAGCCAUAAACAAGCCCUAGAAAAUUUGCACGAGCAGGUGCAGGAGCAGAAGGCCCAUCUAAGAGCCUCUCAAGACCGUGUUCUCUCCUUGGAAGCAACUAUCAGUGAGCUAAAUAAUCAGCUAAGUGAAAGUAAAGAAAAAGUAAUGCAACUUGAUUUGCAGGUAAAAGCAAAGACUGAAUUGCUUCUGUCGGCGGAAGCAGCAAAAGCUGCUCAGAGAGCAGACCUUCAGAAUCAUUUGGACACUGCCCAGAAUGCGUUGCAAGAUAAACAGCAGGAACUAACAAAGGUCAGUACGCAGUUGGAUCAAGUUGCUUCCAAGUUGCAUGACAAAGAAGAAUAUUGUAUACAGCUGGAAUCCAGUCUUAAAGAGUACAAAGAAAAGCACCUUCAUUUAGAGCAAAAAACCGAAGAGCUGGAAGGUCAGCAUAAGAAACUUGAAGCUGAUCUUUUUGAAGUUUUGGGACAUAAAGAAAAAGCUCUUCAAGAAUUACAGCAGCAGAGAAAACAGUGCACAGACUUGAGCCUCAAAGCUGCAGAGCUGAGCAGACAACUAGAUACAGAAAGAGAAAUGAUAUCUAGAACCAAAUUAGACUUAGAGAAAAAAAAUGAUGCACUAGAAGAAGUAAGCCAACAGAGAUUAAAGCAAGAAGAAGAAAGUGCAAAACUGAAGUUAGAAAUUGAGAAACUAAAUCAAGCUAAAUUCAAGUAUCACAAGGAAUUAGAUGGAAAGCUACAAACAUUAACAGAUGAUUUGAAGAAAAUGAAGUUGGAAAAGGAUACUCUGUUAAAAGAACUUGAAAUCAUCAAAGGCAAACUAUCAAACAGCAAUAAAUUUUUGGAAGAAGCAAGGGAUGCGUUGGAGAAAGAGAAACAGAGAGGAAAGGCAACAGUGGCAGAAAUGGAAAAAUCUUGUCAAGAAGCUAGGCAUCAGCUUCAGUUACAGUCUGAAUCUACAGCUAAAGAGCAGAAUGAACUGAAAAACUUACUGGAAAAACAAGAAGGGAUAUCUAUGCAGCUAAUAACAGAGCGUGAGUCAACACGUGACCAAGUCCUGCAGCUUCAGGGUAUUCUCAAAGACAAAGAAAAAAAUGAACAGCAGCUCCAAUUAAAGGUAAAAGAACUGAAGGAAUCUUUUGACCAGAAGAAAAAACAAAAUGAGAUACAGCAAGCUGAAUUAAAAACAGCCCUAUUAGAAAAGGCAGAACUGGAAAAUAAAUUGCAGCAGCAAAUAACAUUGUCAGAACAAGACCUUGCUACACAGAGAGAAAAAAUAACAGAGCUGCAAAAAUCCCUUAAGAAAACUCAAGAAAACAUGGAAAAACUUCAACUGGAUAUUUAUGGUAAAGAAUCUGAAAUCUUGGCUACACGGCAAGACCUUAAGAUUACAGAAGAGAAGCUGGCUUUGGCACAAGAAGAAUUGAUUUCAAAUAGAAAUCAAAUUAGUAAUCAUAACCAGUUGAUCAAAGAACUUAAGACUAUAAGAUCUACACUGGAACAGGAUGUGUCCAAAAAAGAACAGCAACUGAAAGAGCAAGAGAAGUUGUUACAGGAAAUACAGAAAGACAAGGAUUUAAAAGAAAAAGAUUUGGUUAAUGAAAAGUCGAAAACUUCAGAGCUCUAUAACAUAAAUUGCAAACAGGAAAAAGAAAUUGUCAAGCUAAGGGAUGAAAUUAGACUCUGCAAACAAGAGUUUGAGAAGGAGAUAUCAAAUCUAAAAGAUGCCAAACAGCUGUUGAUUAAACAGAAACUGGAAUUACAGGAAAAGAUUGAUAAUUUUAGUACAGCUCUUGAACAAGAGAAGAAAAACCAGGAAGUCAUCAAAGAUCAGUGGAAAAAGAGAGAAGGAGAAUUGAAGAAGAAAUAUGCUGAGAUAGAAGCAAAAUUGCAAGCUUUGAUCAAGGAAAAAGAUGAACAGUGUAAAAGUCACGAAGAGGCUGAGUGUAAGCUCCAUAUGCAGAUCACAGCGCUGAAUGAAAAUCUGGGGACAGUGAAGAAAGAGUGGCAAAGCAGCCAAAGAAGGGUUAGUGAGCUAGAAAAACAAAUAGAUGAUCUGCGUGGAGAAAUUGCAGUUCUUGAAGCCACUGUACAAAACAAUCAGGAUGAGAGAAGAGUACUGCUGGAAAGGUGCCUUAAAAGUGAAGGAGAAAUCGAAAAGCUUCAAAGCAAACUCAUGGAUGCACGAAGAAAACUAGAUGAUACUACUGCAGCCAUGCAGGAACUAGGGAGAGAGAACCAGUCACUGCAGAUCAAGCAUACACAAGCAUUAAAUAGGAAAUGGGCUGAAGACAAUGAAGUUCAGAAUUGCAUGGCUUGUGGAAAAGGUUUUUCUGUAACCAUAAGAAGGCACCACUGCAGACAGUGUGGAAAUAUCUUUUGUGCUGAGUGUUCCUCAAAGAAUGCCUUAACUCCUUCUUCUAAAAAACCUGUUCGUGUCUGUGAUACUUGUUUCAAUGAUCUACAAGGAUAAUUACUCACAACUCUUACAUGUUAUGCUAGAGUAAAGUUUCUGUUAUGCACUUCGUACAAUACUCAGACUACUAUUUUGGGUGGGCACCAAUUGUAACAGUUGGCAAAAUUAUAGUAUAGUGUUUAACUGAUAAAGUCAAACAAUUGUACUUCUUGUGAGGCUGAAGUUAUCUGUGGCUUAUUUGGUUUUGGUCCAAGAGAGCUUCUGUGUCAAGUUUAUAAGUCUCCAGUGACUUGUAAAUAAAAUUUGAAUAGAGGAGUUACAAUGUAUUUUUUUUAUCCUGAUUUGUUUGUUCAAAAAUAACCCCCUUUAAACCUUUUUGCAGGGAUUUUGUGUUUCAAAUAUUGCUGCACAACUAUAACUUAAUGAUUGCUCAAAAAUGUGUAAUGUAUUAGUAGCCUCAAACAAGCAGCUUUUUGUGUUUUUUCUUUCUUCGCUUUUUCCCUCUCACUUUUACUGUGAGUUCCUUUUUAUGAUUGUGUCUAGUUAGUGGAAAGCUGCCUUGAACUUUUAAGAUUGUCAAGCUGUUUUACUAUAGUAUCACUGUAUAGUAUAUGUCACAGAAAAUGAAAAGCAAUCUCAAUACUAUAGCGUAGAUCGAUAUUUCUUCUCUAAGAAUAUGCUGCAUCCUAUUGAAAAUAGGUGGGCUACAUCAUCUUUGAUAUGCAAAUUCCUUUUUGUAAACUUUUGAGUUAGAGAUGUAUUUUUGCUUCUUGCCCUCUUAAAAGCUCGUAUGCUCCUUUACAUUUCUUUGUACUAUUCAAAUAUGUUUGCACUGUUCUCUCUUUUUUAUUCACAGGAAAUAUUGCCUGGAAGAGCCAGGUGUAGAAAGCUCUGGUACUGAAAGAUACAUAGUUGUGAUAAUUAUUAAUUAUUUUACAGUUCCACCAUUUUCAGUGUGCAUUUUCUCCUUUUUUAAUUGUUACUAGAAGUCUAUGGGUUUGUCCUCCUUAAAAUUUGGAGUGAAACAGCACUGCUAAAGAUUGAAGGGAAACCUAAACUCUGAGUAGUUUGUCUUGCUUUAUUUUAAUUCAUGUAAUGAGAUCCCUCUAAUCAUGGAGUUCAUUAAAAGUGAUGUCAUAUUUUGUCCAUCUGAAAGUUAGCAAAAUUUACUGUUUUUAAACUAGUAGGCAGAAUAUGACAUCGUCCCUUUCAGCUGAGAUUGGGAUAAUACACAGAUACACCCACACACAUCUAUGCACACUGUGAUGAUACAAAAUAAUGCAUUGGUAAAAUCUAGGUUUACUAAAAUAUAAGGUGAUAUUUAAAAUUAACUUUUUUGGAUUUGUAACCUGUUUGCAUGAGAGAUGAGUGCAGCUGUAGACAUAGAAAUGAAUAUAGAACUAGAAAGAAAAAGAAUGCAAAUAAAUUAACAAAGAUAUAUUGCCAGAGGGGGCUUUCCAUGCAGAAGAUUCUAGUUCUAGUACUUAUGCCUCCAAAUAAAGAAUUCACAGGUACUAGGGCUUACACACCAUUUUUUUUACUUGUAUGAAAUCCUGGAGAAUCAUUAGUUGUGGACUAUACAAUUUUGGAUUAAUAGAUUAAAAGACUUACAGGUUACGAAUCAGCUUGAUGCAGUAAAAAUGUCUAAAGGUCAAAUAUGAAUAUAAUGUAUAUAGGUCAAAUCUCCUAAAUCACCUAUUCAUAGAGUAUACAAUAGAUGUACAAUUCAGAUGUUAUCCAGCUGUUUUAUUCACUACUGUCUCUUUGGACUAAAAUGGAAAAGGGUAAUGUAUGAAGUAUUCACAAUAAGAACUGAAAUUUAUUGGAGCUUUCGUCUGAUUUAUCUUAGUUGAUUAAUCAUAUAUGAAACCCUUCAGUCUGCGUAAGUUAACUUGUAAAGAAACUGGUUCAGAAGGGGAAAGUAAUAUAUUUUAAGGUGAUGCUUGUGUGUGUUGUACUAGGCAUCAUUUUGGAAAUGGUUUCCUGUGUAUAAGAUAAAGGGGAAUUCUUUUCCAAGGUUGUGCCACCUGCAUUUUUUCUAAGUAUUUUUUUUUAAAGAAUGUUAAAAACAAGCAAACUAUCUGCUCAUUUAAAUGGGGAUUUGAUUUCACUGCAGUCCCUAGAUGUUUUACACGCACACACACACACACACACAAGUUCAGCUUGUCCAGAGAAAGCAAAUGAGGUUGAUCCGAUAGUUUAAAAAUUUGGACUAUUUGAUUGAAAACUCAGGAAGAAUAAGAGCACUAUGCACUUUUUAGUGUAACCAACACUAUAUGCAAGAGAAGGAACAACUGUUUGCAAGAAGUGAUGUAGUAAUUGGUCCACAAAGUUGUACAUUCUUAAUUAAGUGCUCAUUCACUUCCCUAGUAAUUUCAUAUGGUAUUUAGGAAUAUUAUGUCCAUAAUUCCUAUGUACUCCAGAGGAUAUAUGUAUACUAAAGAGGUUGCAUGUUCUUUAGAAGCACUGCUUGAUUUUAAGAAUAGAAAAAGUGGACUUGGGAAUUUUGCACAUUUCAUGUUCUGAAUGGUUUUCAUUGUUCAUGUAUAAGCAUUUGUUUUCUUCUUAAAUUACAUUAAAAUUUAUUUAGGUGGUCUGUUUUCCAGAUCAUAGCAAUAAACAGAAAAGGAAAUUCCCUACUUAAGAGCAGAAGUGUUAGUGUUUGUAUCAUUUCUUUAAAAUUUAGAAGUGAUAUAUAUUUAAAAAAUUCUUAUAGUUUCCAUUUAAGAAUUUAGAAAUGAGUAAAGUCCAUAUUUAACAUUGACUGUUCUGCCUUAGUAUGUAAUUGUUUGAUAGCAGGCACACAGGAAAACAAUCAUGGGAAAACUACUUUGUUUUGUGCCAGCAAAACGGCAACCCAUUUAACAGAGGUUUGUUUUUCAGUUGUGAUCUUCUCCUUAAAGCCCAUAUGAAUAAGGUUUAUUAUUGGCUUUCUGAAUUUAUAAAUUCCAAAUACAGUGUACAUUGUUGACUAGUGUGGCAGAUCUGAAUUGCUUUCAUGCCACCUACAUUGUACUAUGUGCUUAAAUUCAAACUCUUUGCACCAAAGAGAAAGAAAAAACACUGUUACAUCAGGUUAAUAAACAAGGAAACAUUUUGUAAUAGAAAUCUGUCCAAAAUGCUGCUUGUAUAGGAUUUAUCACUUUUGUAAUAAAAUUAUUUUAAAAACACACACAAAAAGCCCAAUCUGAGAAUGCCACUAUGUAAGAUUUCAUUUUAACUACCUCUUGAUAUGAAACUCAACUUCAGCCCAUUUUAAAAUGGUUUCCUCACUAUGAUGUUAGAUUUGAUUUGUGAUGACUGCCAAAUUUUAAAAUAUUUUAAUUCACCAGAAAUGUAAUAUUUCAGUAUUUGUGCUUAUAUGGCUUAUUGUUAUUACAGAUCUGUGCUCUUUUGAUUCCUUUAAUUUAGUUCUACAAACCUGUAGGUGUUGGAGAAAAAUUAAUUUACACAAGUGUUCCUAAUUAUAAUCUUUGAGCUAUAUCAGCUGUAUGUAUCACAUUGGCUGCUAUUACUAUUUACAUGUCAUUAAGUUAGCCUCUAUUUCCAGUGCUCAUGACAAGAAGUUGACAAAUGCUAUUAUGCUAUAAUGGAAGUGUGCCACAAAUUGUAUUGUCCUAUUGGCCUCUUUGUAACUAUUGGUUUAUUAUAGUUGCAGAUGUGAAUAUUGUGCAUAAUGUUUAUUGGGGUGGGGUAGGGUCUGUAUAAUUGUAUAAAUUAGACUUGGAAAAUUUCUCUGCUUAUCUUAUAUUGACAGUUAUAUUAAGGUAGCUUUACCUACAUAAGAUUGCACUUCUUUUUCAACUGGAUCCUUUCAUUCACAUUAUAUUUAGAUAGUCUUGCAUGGCAAUUUUUAUCAGGUGGAUUCUCUUAAGUCCUUCUUUCAGUGGUGUGUUUAUGACUUGUAGUCAUGUAGUUGUGCCUUACAAUGUGAAAGAGUUUAGUUCAGUAUGCACUGUAAUUCCUAAACUCUGCAUCUGGAAAGUAAUGGAAGCUGAGGAGUGAGAAAAAUGACACAAUGCAACCACUAAUUCUGUAUGAAACCCAUGGGUGGAUACUUGUGGAAAUGUUAAUUUUGUAUUCUAUUAUUGGGCUGAAAAUAAAAUUAGAAAUUUCUAAA